AGGUAAACGAUGUAAUAAUCGGCGAUUCGAUAAGAUUUUUUAAAUUUUAAUUGCAAAUUUUACUUUAUAAAAAGCGUUAUAUUUCACUCGAUAAUCUACUCAAAUCGAAGUCUGAUGUGGUGAAUAUUUGUGUUCAAAACAGUGUAAUCCUAAUUCGAAGUAAUUCUUAUCCACUAUGAAGUCAUUUUUGGGAACACUGACGCUCAUCAUUUCGUUAACAUUCAUGCUCGCUGAAUCUGAUCCACGAUCAAUAUCAGAAGAAAAGGAAAUCAAGGCUUUUCAAGAAUGCAAUGCAACGAAUCCAGUACAAAGAAAUCCAAGUCAAGUGAUUAUCCAAGGUAUCGUCACUGGUGAUGUAAUCGACCUCAGCCACGAAGAAAAAUGCAAUUUAUACUGCUUCCUUCAAAAAGUAAACUUUUUUGAUGUAAAUGGAAAUAUACAUGGCCAAGGACUAGUCAACCAUACACUUAAAGAAGCCCCAGUACUGGCAAAACACGCCGACAUAAUCAUUAUUCAAGUAUACCAGACUAUCAAAGCGACCAAAGGAGUUCAAGAUAAAUGCUCAAAAGCGGUCAUUGCCUUUCAUCAAUAUCUUCACCAACUUUAUGUAUUGUCAUUAGCCGAAAGCUUACAAGAACACACUGAUCUCAAAAGUAAAAUCACAAACGCAGUGAAUAAAGGUCAAUCGGUACCACCUGAACUUGAGAAACAAGUUGUGGAGUAUUUGCAAGUGGUCGAAGGCAUCCUUAAAGCAUUUGCAAAAGGAUCUGUAGAGAAUAAAGUCGUUGAUAUUGUGGUACAACCUGCAAAUCAGACACAAACAGUGCCCGCAAAUCAAACACAAUCCGCAGUGGUUUGAUUUAACACUAUAAAAUAUAAACUGAUGACGUUUUUGUAGUCGUUUUAUAUUCAUCAUUCAAGAGAAAUGUGUUUGUCAUUUUCAAAUUACCUACUUAUGUAGUUUCUUUGUUAUUCUAUAGCAAAAAUAUAAUCAAGUACGUUUCUUGA